UCAUAGUGCAAUGGACAAUGUCAAGUUAUGACUACGUCGUGGCAGCUGUCAAAAACGUCAAGGAAACAUUAAAGGUCAGCCCAAAAUGGAAAAUGCCCAAGAAUGCACCAACGCCAAUGACUAGUGCCUAUGAACCGGAGAUGGAUGGAUCAAGCCAAUUAGGACAAGAAGACCAUACCUACUUCCAAGAGUUGAUUGGGAUAUUACAAUGGGCGACAGAGAUUGGAUGA